AUGGCAGGCUCAACAUCCGCAGCGAAGAAGAAGAAGGGCACAGCCUCUACUGUCAAAAAGCCUUCAAAACGCCCAAAAUCCGUACGGGACCCUAAAAAGCCAAAGUCAGUCAGAUCGACGGUGGGCAGUGAGGCCAACAGUACCGCGGCGGAGGAUGCAUCCGACGAAGAUGAUGAGUCUGACAACGGCCCAUACUGCAUAUGCAGAGGUCCAGACGACCACCGCUGGAUGAUUUGCUGUGAGAGAUGCGAGGAUUGGUUCCAUGGAGAGUGCGUGCACCUCGCCAAGGAUGUUGGAGAGAGCCUCAUUGAAAAGUUCAUCUGUCCAAACUGCACGACGGACAACUUGAUGACAAUUUACAAGAAGACAUGCACGCUGGGCUCGUGUCGAAAGGCGGCUCGUCUAACACACAGUCCGCCAAGCGUCUUCUGUUCGGAUGAGCAUGCUCAGAUAUGGUGGGAGCGCAUGCUGAGCAAGUUGCCCAAGGCCAGGACAAAGGCUGCGCUGAGCGACGAACUGUCUCAGGAAGAGUUCAUGGCACUGCUAAGUAGCGAUCUUGCCACUAUUGAUGGAGAUGGAUCGUGGACUUUAAGGGCGCCGUUUUCAGGCAAGCCGUCUGAGAUAAAUGGGGAUGAAACAGCAGCUGAAGAGCGUCUUGCUCAGAUACUCACAGAAGAAGAGAAGGAAUAUUUGGACAAAAAGGCAAACGCUCGAUUCAAAUUAGCAGAGGAAACUCUUCUAUGCCAAAAGAUGAUGACACUGGUCGAAAUGGUCCAGGAACGCCGCCGAGCAGCCAUCAGCGCCGGCCGAAUCGGUGAGGACAUAUGCGGCUACGACAACAGACUAGACUCUAUUUGUGCGCGAGACGCCUUUGCUGCCUUUGUCAAGUCUCCCGAAGGUGAGGUCAUCUUCCAAGCGUCAAAGGUCGACGACCCGCUUGGAGAAGGCGACGAGGUCAGGGGCAUGUGCGAGCGGAAGCGAUGCAAGAUUCACAGUGGCUGGCAUAAGAUGCUGCUCCUUGCUGUUAAGCACCAGAUCAAGGAGAUGGCGGAUCAGGCGGCGGAAGUUGGGGAGGAUGAGCGAAUACUGAGGGAGGCUGCUGAGGAGAGGUGGAGGAGGAGACAGGCUGAGAAGAACUGGGUUGAGGUGAUUGAGGAUUGA